CUCCCAGCUCCGUCCCUCCAUAUGAAAACCAAUGUCACUUUGGAUGCAGCACAGGAGGGAGAACAGAUUUUGUUUCGGUGCCAAAUAGUCAUUAAGUCUCCUGUCACCCGAAUUGUCUUCUGCAAGGAUGGGGUGGAGUUUCACAGCCUGAAAGCCCAACAGAAGAAGGGAACCUACUACAUGCUCUUCACCACAACGAGGCGGAGCACGGGGACAUACACAUGUGGAUACCAGCACAAGGACAACAGCAACCGAGUGAGGAACUCUGCCCUCAGUGCUCCCCAGAACCUGAGAGUCACAGGCAGUGGGUCCAACUCCCAGGCAGGGACAGCCACCAAUGCUUCUCUGCCCCCAGAUACCAAUCCCCUGGGCUUUCAGACCUUUUCCCAAGACAUGAUAGGAUUGGUGACCAUCUCUCUCUUCCUCCUGGCUGCAGCCACCUACUGUUUUGUGAGGAAAGGAGCCUGCAGAGAGAGAUGCCAAAGACAGCAGCAAGUUCCCAGCCACGAGGCUGAAGGGACUGAUGACAAUGAAAUACACUGUGAGUACCAACUCCCCAUUCUGAUUGACCCCCUCUUGUGUCCGGGCUGCCUCUGGCAUCACCAGCAACCCAGAGACCAUUGACUGGCCAUGCCGCAGCCUCAGGAGCUGCACUGAGUUACAGGGACCUGCCCCAAACCCCCUUUCCAUCGUCUCCAUCCCCUCCUCUCAUUGCAGGGCCUUUCCCAAUUCCACAUGCAAUCCCAGCAAUUUAUCUCCCAGUGGGAUUUGCAAAACAACUCCCAUUGAACAAGGGCAGAUUUCUCCCCAUGCUGUUGCUCCCCAGCUUCUUCCCUGCACACACAGCCUGCAGAGGAAAGGUGACAACAGAUCCCCAUCCCUGCUCU